AUGCCGAUGGUUAGAGUUGCGACGAAUCUUCCGGACGAGAAGGUCCCCCAAGAUUUUGAGAUUCGUCUCACUGACCUCUUGGCUCGUUCAAUGGGAAAACCAAGAGAAAGAAUUGCUGUUGAGGUCGCUGCUGGUGCUCGCCUCGUUCACGGAGCCACUCACGAUCCAGCAACGGUCAUUUCGAUCAAAUCGAUCGGAGCCGUGUCUGCCGAAGACAACAUUCGCCAUACCGCUGCGAUCACCGAGUUUUGUGGAAAAGAACUCGGUCUUCCAAAAGAUAAGGUUGUUAUCACAUUCCAUGACAUGGCACCAGUUACUGUAGGGUUCAACGGUACAACUGUCGCCGAAACAAACAAAUUGUGA